AUGUACAACCAUAGCCGCCAUAGAACAUCUCGCUAUAUUCUUCGUCUCGCUAGCUCCAUGCGUGCUUCUGGAUCGAUGAAGUCAGCGACUUCCCUUCUCCUCGGCGCGGCGCUUGCAACGGCCUUCUUCCUGCUCUACACCUCCGUGCGCCGCGACCUCGACCAAGGGCCGGCUAAGUUGGCACCGCCGCAGUGGACGCGGCAGGACGACAGCGUCAGGGCUGCCGCUGAUCGACCCAACAAUCAGGAACUGGUUGAGCAGGAGAAGAAGGAUGUCGUUACCAGCAGCGAUGGUGGAGGUAGAGAUGGUUCGUCGUCACAUCAGCAGAAGCAGCAGCAGCAGAUUGUGAUGCCUGCAGAAAAGCAGCAGAAGACCGAAAAGUCCCAAGACCUGGCCGAUCUGCUCAGGCGAGCGGCCACGGCGGACCGGACGGUCCUGAUGACCGCGCUCAACGAGGCGUGGGCGGCACCGGGGUCGUUCCUGGACUUAUUUCUCGAGAGCUUCCAGCACGGCGAGAAAACCGCGUACCUGGUGAAGCACCUGCUGGUGGUGGCCAUGGACAAGAAGGCUUUCGACCGCUGCAACACCGUACACCCCUUCUGCUACUGGUUCAGAGUGGAGGGCAUGGACUUCGCCGCCGAGCAGAAGUACAUGAAGGGCGACUACCUCGAGAUGAUGUGGAACAGGAACAAGUUCCAGCAGACCAUCCUCGAGCUUGGCUACACCUUCCUCUUCACGGACGUGGAUAUCCUCUGGUUCAGGGACCCGUUCCCACGUAUAUCCCCGACGGCGCAGCUGGUCAUGUCGUCGGACUUCUUCGUCGGCGAUCCCAACUCGCCAGGGAACUACCCCAACGGUGGUCUCCUCUACGUCAAGUCCUGCGCCGGCACCAUUGGCUUCUACAAGCACUGGCAGUCGUCGCGGGAGCGGUUCCCCGGAAUGCACGAGCAGUAUGUGUUCGACAAGAUCGUCAAGGAAGGUGUGCCCCCUCACCUCGCCACCAAGGUGCAGUUCCUCGACACCAACUACUUCGGCGGCUUCUGCCAGCACGGCAAUGAUCUGAGCAAGGUCUGCACCAUGCACGCUAACUGCUGUGUGGGGCUGGAGAACAAGCUGUUUGAUCUCAAGAAUGUGCUCCAGGACUGGAAGACUUACAAGACACGUGCCGCCGUCGGGAAUACAGAGUACUUCUCUUGGAGGGUGCCGGGGAGGUGCAUACACUAAUUAGUUGACAGAUGACUUGGAGUUCUUUAAUUCGUUUUGAAUCAGAGGCAAAAGAAUUGACUGUGAGGAAUGGUGCACUCAUCACGCAAUCUUAAAAAAUGCUGCAUCACUAA